GUUUGCCUUUCUACCUUGCUUCACUUCUCUUAAAUGUUGCAGGCAACUUUUCUGCUUUUUAUAUGGCUGUUUGAUGUACUUGGAAGCUGCGAUGAUGAGUUUGAUGAAUUCUUGAAAAAGCAAGUCACAAAAAUCGAGAAAGAAUUCAGAGAGCAAUUACUUGGCGAGAAGGAUUCAACAGCAACUACAACUUUCGAUCCCAUCCUUGUUACACAACUGUUAGAGGCAAUGAACAAAAAGAAAAAAGAAAAGAAGAAGGAUGCUGUACAAGAUAGCGUACUAGCUUUGAUAUUAAGAAAUGUUGCUUACCGACAAUUGCAGGGCAAGGGAAGCAAGCAAGCAAGCACCCCUCGAAAAACAAUCGGCGAACCAAUCAAAAGAUUCUGA